AUGGACCACAUCCAUAUUUACCGCCCGGCCAAUUGUGGACCCGGUGACACAGCUGCUAGCCGACUGAUUCGCACAGCUCUUGGAGGUGGCGAGAUGGACUCAAAUCGGAUAGCCACGUUGCUUUCAGUACCUGCCAACAUUGCCCGAUACUACCGGGAUGACAUCACCGUCAUCGUCAUCUACCCACCCUCAGCAUUUGAUCCUCCACUUUCUCCUCUCACAUGA